UUCCUUGGAAGCGGUUCUAGCAAAGCAAUGUCCUAGGUGCCAAAAGGAGUUCCCCCGCAAGGGUAGUCUCGUGAAACAAGUUCGACUUGGGCGGUGUCGUGCGCUUCGCCCUGAUGCAGCACCAGCCUUUGGGGUUCAGGGCUUGCCUCCCCCUCCGCCUCCAGGCCUGCCUCCGCCUGCGGAGCGUUACGGCGAUGUCGAUGUUCGCGCCGAUCGAGGAGAUGACCAAAGGUGCCAAGCGUCCGGCAGAGGAGGGAAGGGCCAAGGGGGGCGAGGAGGCGGCCGCCGACAGCCAGGGCGGGGGCGCGGAGACACGUCGCCUCACGCUCCUCAUGGCCAAGUUGCUCUUGCAACACGAGGACAAGAAUCGCGGGGACGCGAGGGGCGACAACUUCGCGGUCACGCUGCUGCAGGACAGCCCGCUGCGGCGCGCUCUCGCAGCCGGCGUGGGCCGCUACCAGGCCGCGAACAAGAAGGCUCGGGAGGGCGCGGGCGACGGCGAGUUCAAGGGGAACCCGCUGGGCAAGCGCCCCGACGUGUACGCCAAGCAGCUCAUUUUUCGCCUCCACGAGGCCGCGAAGGCAGCCGGCGCGAAGGUGACCGACGCGGCGAAGCAGGGCACGAUGGCGGAGGAGACCCUCCAGGCCCUCGACACUCUCUCGAAGUACGCGACGCUGGUCCAGGACCCGGGCUUCCGCUUCACCGCGACCCGCUGCUUCAGCGUCGACUUGACGAACCAGGACGACGCGGACGAGGAGGACAAGCCGAGCGUGCGCUGGGUGUUCGCCGUGAACCACCACGUGGAUCUCAAGGCAGCGCUGAUGACGCUGCGCCUGAACGGGUGCUUGCAAGCCUGCCACGUCAACUUGGGCUUCGACCGCGCCCCCCGCUGCAGGACGGCGAAGGCAAUCGAGAACAUCGCAUUCAAAAAGGGCACGGCGCAGCACAAGGGCAAGAAGAAAGCCAAAAAGCAGUAGGCCCAGCCAGCGUCGUAACGGCAGGCGCUCCUCUCUUUUCCAGCCCGGCCAGCGUCGUAACGGCAGGCCCGGCCAGUGUCGUAACGGCAGGCUCUCCUCCUUCCUGCAGCCCGGCCAGCGUCGUAACGGCGUCGCCCUUUCCUAGGGGGUCCUCCCAGCUCCCACUCUCUCACUUCUUUCAGCCCGCUCGCCCUGCGCAGAGUCGCUCCACGUACGGACCGACGAUUCGAGGCGAGGGCACGAGUUCGAGUUAGGUUCUUGCCGCAGGUCUUAACUUUUUAUGCGUAGGUAGCCCCUCCCACUCUCCUAGGGGGGAGGGCGGGGGGCUGUCCCUACAGUGCUGCUCUCACAGAGGUGGGAGCACGUAGGGGUGGCACGUUGGAGAUGGAGAUGGGGCUGGUCCGCCUCUUCCGUCCCCAGCAGUCCCCGUACGUGCUUCCUCUUGGCCCCCCGACGGGAUCUUACGUGCUUCCGUCGCGCCGGUUUCGGUCGACUUUUUAGCGAGGCCCACCACGAGACGCCCUGUUGCUGAGACUUGCGGGCGUAGUGUUCG